AUGGAGAACACUGCGACAAAAUUCUCAUCUCCAGAAAAUGACGAGAAGACAGUUGAACGAAACCCUGGCUCCAGCGAUUCCAAAAUCGACGGCUCUAGACUGAGGUUAGAGACUAAACCAGUUGAUGAGGUUGGGUACCAGGUGGAAUAUGUAUCCGGAGUGAAGUUAGCAAUUAUUAUUGCAAGUGUCGCAUUUUCCUGUUUUCUCGUUCUAGUAGAUAAUAUGAUCGUUAGUACGGCUAUUCCGCGAAUAACUAAUCAGUUCAAAUCUCUCAGAGAUGUUGGGUGGUACGCCAGUGCAUAUCAGUUUGGAAGUGCAGCUCCACAGCCUUUGACAGGCAAAAUUUACACCCAUUUCAAGACGAAGUGGGCCUUCCUGACCUUCUUCGCAAUCUUCGAGCUAGGAUCGCUUUUAUGUGGUGUGGCCGAUUCUUCUGCUAUGCUGAUAUGCGGCAGAGCCGUCGCUGGUUUGGGCGCUGCCGGCAUUCUAAGUGGUGCUCUUACUAUAAUUUCUAGCUGCGCAGCGCCAGAGAAACGUGCAAUUAACCAGCUCGGACUCGUCGUAGGACCGUUACUCGGUGGCGUAUUCACGACGUUCACUACGUGGCGCUGGUGCUUUUACAUCAAUCUGCCCCUCGGAGCUGUCUCAGAGAUUGCCAUUAUCUUACUUCGCAUUCCCGAACAAACGCGCAAAGCGCCGAUUCGAACUAUUCUUCCUAAGCUACAUCACUAUCUCGACUUGCUCGGAUUUUGUCUUUUUGCACCAGCCAUAGUGAUGCUUCUUCUCGCACUUCAAUAUGGAGGGAAUCAGUUUGCAUGGAACUCUUCACAAGUUAUCGGGCUAUUCUGCGGCUUUGCAGCAAAUAUUGUUGUUUGGUAUUGGUGGAAUAGUCGGCUUGGUGACAAAGCCAUGCUCCCGCUUUCCUUGGUUAGCAAACGGGUUGUCGCGAUGGCUGUUUUCUACCAGGCCUUCAUUAUGGCCUGUCUUUACGGAGCGAUCUAUUUUCUUCCCAUAAAUUUCCAGGCUAUCCUAAAUACAAAUGCCAUGCUCAGCGGUGUGUACUUGCUGCCAACAAUUCUUUCGCAGCUAUUUAUGGCCGGACUUUCGGGUCCAAUGAUAAUGAAAGUGGGAUAUUUGAUCCCCUUCGCGAUUUUCUCGACGGUUCUCAUGUCCAUUGGCGCUGGCUUGUAUUCGACACUAGGUCCUAAUAGUUCAAGUGGAAAAUGGGCUGGAUUUCAGGUCCUUUCUGGAAUCGGCUCAGGCGCUGGUCUUCAAGUGACUAUCAUUGCGAUACAAGCAGCAACAACAGGAGAAGAGCUUUCAUCUGCGAUGACAUUCCUUAUCUUUGGACAAACAUUAGGUCCUGCUAUCGUCCUGGUUAUAUGCAACGUAAUCUUUGAUAGCGCUCUUGAAUCACAACUUCCCCAGCAUGCACCACACAUCAACGCUACUGCCAUUAUCGACGCUGGAGCUACAGGAUUCCGAGCCUUCGUUGGUGAAGCUGAUCUUCCCGGUGUUUUAUUGGCAUACUCUAAUAGUAUAGAUCGCGCUUUCUACUUAGUGGCUGCUAUGGGCGUAAUGUGUGGGUUCGUUCUUUGGGGAUUGGGUUGGCAAAAUGUGAGCAUGAAAGCGACGGAUGAACAGGAUGGACAGGAUGAACAAGUGAAAGACAGCACGGAGAAUGGAAUCACAAAGGCCAAUUUUAUAUCCCCCAGGCUGUACAGUCCAUAG